AUGAAGAAUCUUCAUAUCCUAAUAUCACUCAUUUUUCCUACCUUAUUUCUCUUCUCAUGCUCUGUCUCUCUUUUGCUAUCUUUUUCCCCUCCUUAUACUGAUCUCCAAAACCAGUGCCUUGAUGACCAAAAAUCUCUUCUACUGCGACUGCACCACGAUCUUUACUAUGCCCCAAAUUUUACUUUCUCUUCCAAAGUUGAGCUUUGGGAUCCCAACACUGAUUGUUGCUCUUGGAAAGGAAUUACAUGUGAUGCUUUGGGUCAUGUGACUGGACUUGAUCUUAGCAACAAAAACCUUUCAGGCAGCUUUCACUCCAUUUUCAAUCUCCAUCAUCUUCAACGCCUUAAUCUUGCUGGAAACAAUUUUAAUACCACUCUGUUUCAAUAUGAGUUUGACAGACUCCUAAAUUUAACUCAUCUCAACCUUUCAAACUCAUGUUUCCUUGGCCAAAUUCCAGCAGGGAUUUCGUGCUUAACAAGGUUAAUCUCUCUUGAUCUAUCUAAUCAAAAUUCAUGCCAUCAACGGUAUAACCAAAUUCUCCGUCCAUACGACGACUUCCUCUACUAUUCACUGCCUUUUGACCUUCAACAACUUCUUAAACUAGAAAACCCAAACUUUAAGACAUUGAUCCAAAAUUUAAGACUUCUUACGGAGCUCUACUUGGAUAGUGUGAACAUUGCAACUCAAAGUACUAGAUGGUGUGAAGCCAUAUCCAUACUACUUCCUAACCUGCAUGUGUUAAGUCUUUCGAAUUGUGGUUUGACAGGUCCAUUUUGUUCUUCACUCUUAAGACUCCCUUUUCUUUCCAAACUUUUCCUUGGUGGGAAUUCAAUCUCUUAUUUGCCUCCCAAUUUCUUGGAAAUUUCCUCUAAUUUGGUUUCUCUCAGUUUAGCGAGUUGCAAUUUGAGUGGGGAUUUUCCAACAGAAGUUUUCUCAUUGCCAAAAAUACAAAGCAUUGACAUUUCAAAAAAUGACAAUCUUGAAGGUCAGUUGCCAGAAUUUCCAUUAAACAAUACUUUACGGAUCUUAAUGAUUUUUUUUACAAAUUUCGGUGGAAAACUGCCAGAAACAAUUGGUAAUCUCAAGUUCUUGACAACUUUAGAUCUCCGUUUUUGCAAUUUCUUUGGACAAAUUCCAUUAUCAAUUGCCAAUCUUACUAACCUUGUGGAGCUGAAAUUGGGAUAUAAUAAUUUCAGUGGUUUAAUCCCUCCAUUUCAUAGAUUAGGAGUUCCAAAUCUUUCAUAUCUUGAUUUCACAUGGAACCACCUCUCUGGCUCAAUUCCUUCUUCUUUAUUUACUCUCCCAUCAUUGCAUACCCUGCUUCUUUGGCGAAAUCAAUUGAUUGGUGAAAUUGGUGAGUUCCCCAAUGCAUCUUCUUCAUUGAUUGAAGCAUUGUAUUUAGACUACAAUAGCUUUGGUUCCGUGAAGCUUGACAUGUUCUCCCAACUCAAGAACUUAAGGUUUCUUGGCCUUUCCAAUACGAGCUUGUCAAUUGAAAGCAACAUCACAAGCCUUUCUUUUCCCCAAUUAGAGGAACUAGACCUGAAUUCAGUAACCUUACUGAAUUUCCAGAAUUCAUCAAAACUCAAGACAAGUUGGCUUUCCUAG